AUUGGAGUCCCAUUGUGAUAAUGGAAAGCCGCGGGAAGAAGGCGAACAAGCGCGACGGAGGAGCCGGCUCCCGAAGUGGCGGCAAGAGCAAAGGCGGCGCCGGUAGUAUCAAACCAAAGCGCGAAGAUCGCCGCCGCGGAGCGCCUCGCGAGGAAACACAGGGCGAAGGCGAAUCGAAUCUGUCCUUCAAGCGCAGAUCGUUCCCAAUUGCAUUGCGCAUGUGGGACUUCCAGCAAUGCGAUUCCAAGCGCUGCACGGGGCGCAAGUUGUGUCGUCUUGGAUAUGUUACGAGCAUGAAGCCCGGCGCGCAUUUCCGGGGCAUCGUGUUGUCGCCGCAUGGUACGAAGCUUGUAUCCCGCGAAGAUUUGGGCAUUGUCGAGUCGGUUGGAAUCUCCGUGAUCGACUGUUCAUGGGCGCGAAUUCAAGAAAUGGGCAUUAAGCAGAUCAACUCGGGGACGCAUCGCUUGCUUCCUUUCCUCGUCGCUGCGAACACUGUCAACUACGGCAAGCCGCACAAACUGUCGUGCGUGGAAGCCAUCGCGGCGACAUUAUACAUUGUUGGCUUGGCGGACGAAGCAGUGCAGCUGAUGGACGAGUUUCCAUGGGGCAUGGAGUUCCUCAAGAUCAACGCCGACGUGUUGGAUGCCUAUGCAGCAUGCGAAUCGUCCGACGAAGUGGUCGCGGCCCAGGAUGCAUACCUUGCCUCGUGCCAAGCAGAGGUGGACGACCGACGGAACCGUCUCGACUUGCCCGCUCUGAGUGAUGAAGAAGGCAGUGACGAGGACGAGGAAGCCGCCGAGGCCGAAGCCGCCAUGGUCUACAAGAUCCAUCGUCCGCACGCGGCAGUGAAUGCUCAAGAAGAUGACGACCAACUUCCACCAACCGAUUGGGUCGCGGCGGCAGCAUCGGUUGCAAAGACUCAAGACGCACGCCAAGCGUUGGCUGCUGCCCGCGAUGUACCCCGUUCGCCUCGAGACAUGGAUGAGGACGACAGUUCCUUGUUCGCGGCCACCAUGGCGAACGUCACAGACAACGUGGCGGCCGUCACGCUCGAGCAAACGCUUCGCGCGGCGUCCGGUGACGCAUCAUUCGCCCUCCCGCGCGCCGACUUUGAGAAAUGGCAGGCCGAAGCAGCAGCCAAUACCGCCGCGUCCCCGCCGCCUACUCCGUCGCAAGUCACGAUGGAACCACAUCAAUAGCUCGAGCGUUUUCAUCCUGUAUAUCGACGACUAUGUGCGUCAAGCACGAGAACAAAGAAGCUGACCCAUCUCGUUACUAUCGCUUUUUCACCCCUCGCGGGGCGGUAGUCUUGCCUCCUGACAGGUGUUUGGCGGUGGCGGGGCGAGCUUUCUGCCACGACAUCACGGAAAACUUGGGGCUCACAGGCACUGUGAGCUUCUUUCCUCGCUUCGCAGGCUCGAUGUCGUUGUCUUGCUGUCCUUCCGGCAGUUGGUUGGCGUGUCCAUCGGGGAGUGCACCCGUGAUGUUGCGCGACGGCUUUCUGUGCCUCUGAGUCGAUCGAAUGAGCGAAGCGGUCGAUCCAACACACGGUGCCGAUUGUUUUUGGAGUGCUGUUCGUCCUGGGGCCGACUUUGGCCGCAUGGAAGGGGUGUUCGACGUGGCUGCGAGGGGGGCUCGAGGGGCUGCUGCCCCUGUGGGGCGUGGAGCGUAACUAUGAUCGUCGUCCGACGACGAUGACGACGACGACUGGGCUGGCUGAUCGUCCGCUGCGGCAUGUGUGGGGAUCACAACAGGUGGACGGGUACGCGCUGCGCUGGUCGGUCGAGUCAAAGAUGAAGACGAGGUGGUCGCCGUAGCAACCGAAGCAGCCGCGGAGGGCUGCACAUGCGAGGCUAAUACGGAAGGUUGUGUGGCUGGAGGAAUGGGGCGGGCGCGGGCGGCACUGGUGGGUCGUGUUCGGGGGAGGAGGGACGUGAGGCCCAUGACUUGCACAGAGUCGCGUUGGGACGUCAACGUGGCGUUCAUUGGGGGGUCGCUGUUUUGAGUGGUCAGGGGGAGGUUUGCAUGACCAGAUUGGGUCUCUCUGGGCGGUGGUGUAUUGGGUGGUGGUGGUGGGUGCGCAAAGGUGGCAACGUCGUUGUUGAAAGAUGUUGGAGUCGACCGUGUGGCUCCCAACAUGGAUUUGACGAGGUCGACAUUCUGACAUGUGACGCGCCCAGUCUCUUUCGCCCUCGUGUCUUGGGCAGUGCAUUGCCUUGACAAGGCGUGAAUGGUUCGUAGCCCAGCGGGGGUUUGUUCAAGCACGGUCGAUGCUGUAGCGUGGGGUGCAAUCGAGUCACUGGGGGCAGCUGAGGCUGCAGUCGGGGUCGGCAUCGGGGCGACGCUGUUGGCAUGAAAUGCGUUAACUUCUUGUUGAAUCAGCUUGACAAGAUCAUUUCUUGACACGUUUUGGGAUUCAAACGGCAUCUGCAGUCGUCCUGCCGGCACCUACACCCAAGAGUUGGAG